UAAUAAUAUCGAUUUGAAACAGUCAGUUGUAACAAUGGCGGCCUCCGUCGUCGUCGUCGCUGCUACUCUGCUCUUCAGUGCCGGAUUUCUUACGGCCCUACCAUCGGGAAUAACCCAGACUGAGCUGUUGGAUGAAGUGAAUCAGCUGCUCUCGCUGACCAACAACAGAUUGCAGAAGCAGGAGUCUUCGAUUGAAGAUCAGGAAACCUACAAACCAGACACCCCGGUUGCAGUGAAGAAUUGGCCGAAAGAUAAGUUGAAUUUGGGCCAGAUUUCUGGUGUCGCUGUCAAUUCGGAUUUGCAGCCGGUUCUGUUCCACAGGGCGGAUAGAAUUUGGGAUCAAUAGUGAGUGCUAUUUACACACAAAAC